AUGGCAAAAGCAGGUGGCCUGCUGGGCACUCUCAUUGCCAUUGCGCUUGGCUUGACCCUGUGUAUGAUGGCCCAGCAGUGCUUCUUGGCGUCAGCACCGAUCCCGGCGGAGGGGGGCAAUGCUGUCAGCGUGCAGCCACGCCUUGCACAGGUGGAUCUGGACCACCAGCACAUGCUAUCGCUCAUGGAAGGUGAUUUCGCGGCUGCCUCCCUUUUCGCUGGUCCCGAAGUUCCUUCACUUUUCGAAGGUGCAGACCGGGAUAUCAAGGUUACAAUGUUCAACAAGAAGCGAACCAAACGAGAUCGAAGUGAGGGUUGGACCUUCCGCAAGAAGUUCCGCAGUUGCUCUCUCCUUGCCCGUGCUGCCACGGUGAAGGGUCGAAAGAUCCUGAAGAAGCGCAUGUGGCGUGGCAAGAAAGUGCUUGCGCCGGGUGACUACUGCAACUAUAAAAUGAUGAGAGUCAAGAACCUGCGGUGA